ACCUAGCUAGCAGACCUCAAGCUCCUCUCGAGAGAUAGAUCUCAUUCUCGUCAGGAGCUAGCUAGCUAGUGCCUACUGCCUAGUAGCUGAUCGAACAAAUGGCGUCGCUGUCGAUGACGAACUCGGCGGCGCGGGCGCAGUGGACGCCGAGGCAGAACAAGCUGUUCGAGCAGGCGCUGGCGGUGUACGACAAGGACACGCCGGACCGGUGGCACAACAUCGCUCGCGCCGUCGGCGGCAAGUCGGCCGAGGAGGUCAGGCGCUACUACGAGCUCCUGGUGGAGGAUAUCAAGCACAUCGAGUCCGGCAACGUGCCCUUCCCCGCCUACCGCUGCCCCAGCGCCGGCGCCGCCGGCCGGACCGCUGGCUCCCUCGGUUACGAGUCCGACAGGCUGAAGCAUUUGAAGAUCUAGGUGGAAAGAAGAUGAAACAGAAGAAGCUGCGAUUGCCUCGAAGAACAAGAAGCUGCGCUUGUUUGUGUGUGUGUGUAUAUGCACGGUCCAUGCUGAUCAAGAAUGGAAGCAAGAAUCAGAUCCACGCAUGUUAAUAAGUACUAGUUAGUAGCUGGGAGACUAGCGAGAUCGACCGACCAAUCGACCUCCAUGAAUGUCCCUCGUACUCGUAUGUACUCGAUCGGUUUAAAAAUGUAAGAAAUAUUUUGUUUUAAAAAAUCAUCGAAAAUAAAAAACUUUUUAUCAUUAAUUUAUCUUAUAAUAUAUUAUUAAUUUUUUAUAAAAUCAACAUCAUAUUGAAAGUAAUUUAAAAUAAAAAUUUACUAAAAUAAAUUUUAAAUACUAAACACGCAUAUAAUUUAAUUAAUUGUCAGUUAAAAGUUAUAAAAUUUGAUUUUUUAAAAAUAAAAUACGUCUUCCAUUGCAGCGUAAAUUGCAGUGCGGGCCGUAGAUGAGACGGCCCAACUGCGUGACCAAGUGAAGGGCCGAUUAGCCCAUAAGGCCCAAAGAGGCCCAUAACUCCAGCCCAAACCGCCGGCCGCGUACGGAUCCGAGCCCGACGCCGGCAGCUCGCGCCGCGCGGCAAAGCCCCCGCGUUCUCGCAGUUUCCCUCGCGCUCUCGGUCCUCCGAUUCCGUCGCCCGACCACCGCCUCCGAACCCUUCCGCGUCGCCCCGUACCAUCUGACUCCGGGAUUGCGCACGUGGUCUCAGCGUCGGCCUUGCCCUCCGCACCCCACACCACGACGAGCUUCCACGCCGCCUCCGCCUCCGCCUCGAGCCUCGACCUAAAAGGCCCCUUCCCUAGGUCCUUUCAGUGAUCUGAGUUGGUCGAAUCGGGCCAGCGAGUGGAGUAGGAGACGCAGUCACCUUCUCCUCAUCGGUCAACCAGGUGAAUUCGGCAUCCAUGCCGUCGUCGUCUGUAAGUUGUAGCCCGCCUUGGAUUUGUCUGGGCACGCUAGGUCAUCGCAUCGUUAAUGUCAGGUGUAGUUGGGUUGUCAGUCUAUUGAUUACGGAAGUACGCCUGAUGCAGUGAUGCUCUGAGAUUUUUUUUCAUUACCUGCUGAUGGUGGUGGUUGGCUGGUUGCCUAAUUCUUGAGUUGAUUUCACAUGAUCCGUCGGCGUCGUAAUUCUGCUGCAAUUUUCCUUGUGUUUAGUUUAGGGGUAGCUGAAUUUGCAGAGUGUCCCCGUUAAAGGGUGCGAACGAGCAUGGUGCUCGAUGGCAAAGCCACAGGGAGCGGCUGAGCCCACCGGGGUUCGAUCCCCUGGUGUCGCACGCCUCCGUCUCGCCUCCAAAGAAGGUCCCGGGGAAAGGGGCCCAGUUCUAAAAAAAAGGUUGCAGUCUGCCGAAUUAGGAUGGUGUGGCAAGCAGGUCAAGACAUCUUUGAUUAUUAGGCAUGAGCAUUGCUAUCUGGAAUCCAGCCCACGACAAUUGAAAUUCGGUCUGUGCCGAGAGAAAUCACUUGCAUGAAUCAGAUGACAAGUUUGAGGCGCAAACGGGAACCUUUGGCGUAGCGCUUCCGUGUCUUCCCAUGUUGCCAACACUGUCGGUGUCGCGGACCAUUUCACCAGUACUUGCGUGAUGGCCAUCGUCCUGCGAUUCACCAGCCGCCUCUGAAGUAUGCGUUCUGGAACUUGGGGAAAUGGGUUAGCGCUUGGUAGGUCUGGACAUACCCAAUCCUUGAUGUUCGCUGCUGGUUUGAGCUGCGACACAUGGAAGACCGGGUGGAUGACGCUGGUGGCUGGAAGUUCCAAUUGUUUGAGGAAGACUGAAUCCCCGACUGCAAAUUGGCGUUCUGUCCUGCUCUUGUCUGCUUGAGUUUUCAUGCGCUGCUGAGCACGAAGAUGUUGGUGGAGAAGCCGGUUCAUCAGUGUUCGCUGCUCUAGCCAUACAGACAAAUCGAUCACUGGAUAGUUGGUCGUGUCCUCAAUACCGAAGUGGCGUGGCGCGUACCCAUAGAGAACCUCAAAGGGUGAUUUGUUAAGAGUGGAAUGAAAGCUCGAAUUGUACUGGAAUUCAGCUUGGGAAAUCCAGCUGCUCCAUUUGCUUGGACUGGUGUUGAUGAAGCAGCGAAAAUAUGUUUCAACGCACUGAUUGAGGUGUUCUGUCGACCGUCGGUCUACGGGUGGUACGCCGAGCUCAUUCGUAGCUUUGUACCUGCUAACAUGAAAAGUUCUUUGCCACAAAUUGCUUGUAAAUAUACAAUCACGGUCCGAGAUGAUGGAUAAGGGCAACCCAUGGAGUUUGUAGAUAUUAUGAAAGAAAAUUUGGGCAACUUUGAUGGCAGUAAAUGGAUGUGCUAUGGGGUACCUUUCUUGUAAACAAUCUGAUAAUGUAGGCCCAAUAAUUUUUUGAAUGUUUUCGGUUGCCAUGGUGUAUGUAAGCGUUG